AUUUUAAAAUUUAAUUCGGAAUAAUGUAUAAUCAUAUGUGCUGUUGAGAAGUAAAUUGAACGGUUAUUUGAUUAAACUUCUCAAAUAAAAGUCUAUUUUAAAUAUUGAAUUGUUGUAAAAAUAAGUUUGCAUCCCUUAAGUAUCGAUUUUAGCUGUCAAAGUUUGCGGAGGGAUGGAAAUUUGUCAUUUCAGUAAUACUCAGUCGGCAGCGUUAAACACAAAUCCUUAUUACCAAGACAUGGAUAAUAUUAUAUUUAGUCACAAAUUAUCAAUGUGGCCGGGCCAGACGCACUCUUUGUCAAACCAAAAAGUGAAGCGCCGAAGGCGGCGAGUGGCGAAAGUCGCAGCAACGGAUGUAAAAGUAACUUAUAACGUGCCAAAGUGAAUGCAUAAAGUGGGCAGAAUCCGAAACUGGGCUCUGUUCUGUGCUUCCUUCCUGCAUGUCAACAGUCAACACUUAGCCUCCUGUUUGCUUGUUUUUCCUAUUUUUAUUUCUUGAAUUGGGUAAAUUUUAGGCAAGUGAUUGUGUUUAACAGCUGCAAGUAUGUUGUUUCCUUUGUGGGGUUUCACUUAGUAAUCAACAUUUUCAUUUUGGAAGUGUUAACUAAGUGUCAGCCUUUUAAAGUUAGUGCUCUUUAGGGGUGUUUUUUUUUUUUUCUUUGUGGGAUUGAAAAUGGGCUCUUCAGGGAGAGAUGUGGAGCACGAGGAACAGCUUAAGGAGGUCGGGAAUGUGCUGCUGAGUCCUCCAUCUGCCAUUGAUGAACUUACCGCUCUUCUUGAUAAAGCUGAGCACUUGCUUGCAAAUGUGGAACAAGCACCUCCAAGGUCAAUGCAAGAUGCACUUCUACCGUCAAUGGAGGCAUUAAUUGCUGAUGAGCUACUGAGGUACUCAGACACAGAUGUGAGGCUAUCAGUUGCAUCUUGCAUUAAUGAAAUCACCUGAAUAGCAGCCCCAGAGGCUCCCUAUGAUGAUGACAUUAUGAAGGUGCUAUUCUGAUAAAAUUUUCAAUCUAAACAGAAAUUUGUAACUGAUGAGCUGCAGUUAGAGGAUGAUUUUGUUGACUCUUAUGUUUUCUGUUUAAAAAUUAUUGGUGGAUAGGAAAUUUUUGAGCUGUCUGUUGCAGCUUUUGAGAAAUUAUCACAUGUCUCUGGUCAUUGUUAUACAAAGGCAGUUUCCAUUCUUGACACUGUUGCGAAUGUAAGUUCAUGCUUGGUGAUGUUGGACCUUGAGUGUGAUACAUUGAUUAUUGAGAUGUUUCAACAUUUCCUAAAAUUCAUUAGGUAAGUUCAUUGUCCAUAUUGUUUAUUGUUUUUCUCUAUCUCUUCAAACUGAUGUUAAAACUCAUACCAAUUUCUAUAAACUCCUCAAAGAUAAUUCCCUGUUUGAUGUAAAGGUCAAACUGAUGUUAUAUCCCAUGGCUUGAAUAUUUAAUAUGAAUAUUCCAUACAGCUAGACAAAGUUGUUCAACUUAUGGGAUCAUAACAUUCAGUUUCAGUCUUGAACUUAUGGAACUAUAAUAGCUGGAACAAAAUCCAUGUUUAGAACCUAGUCAAUUUGUGUGCAUGGAGUUAUAAUAUAAAAUUCACCAUAUUGAUGAUAGUAUGCCCAAAAGUCAACUGAGCUUUCAUAUUUAUGGAGCAUUGGGCUCGACAAGGCAAGACCAAGGUGAAUUAUGUAUGAUCCAUACACUUUUGGACUAUGAUUUAGUUGUACAGUUAUACUCAGGCGAACUAAAGUCAUGUGCUUGUUGAUGUAUUCACAUAAAUGCAACAUUGGCUCUUUACCGUUUUGUAUUGGUGAAUAGGAUGGUAGUUGUCAGCUCUUAGACUUUUAUGGUAGAGAGAUAUUUUGGCACCAUUUAAUUAAUUUUCUAAGUCUCUCAAAAUAUUUUAUUAUUGUAGUAAGCUGAGGUAGUCUUUGCUUCUCAUUUUACUUAUGUAGUAGUCGAGAACUUGAUGUCCUUUUUCAUUUCUUAGCACCGCAACUAUCAAUUACAUCUUCCGUUAGUGAUUAAUUACUAAUGGUGUUUUCCUGCUAAUUCUAAGGUCCAACCAUUGACAUGCUGUAUUUUCAUCCAUGGAAACAAUUAUGACCCUGGUCAUAGAUGAAAGUGAAGAUAUUUCCUGGGAUCUUCUCAGUGUUCUCUUAGCUAGUGUCCGAAAGGAGAAUCAAGAUGUUUCUACUGUUUCUUGGAAGCUAGGAAAGAAGUUUAUCACUAGUUGUGCUGCUAAGCUUAAAUCCAGUUUCAUGGAUGCAGUGCAGUCUAGAGGCAUUGCUUUGGAUGAGUAUGCUGAGAUAGUUUCCCAUAUUUGCAAAAAUGAAUAUAAAACUCUCCAGGGUCUUGAUUGUAAUGGGAAAUACUUGACGACUAACAGAUUAGAUUCUGUUUCUCAUGGAGAAGUUUGCCACGGUGUGGAUAAUAUUUUCAAGACAAUGAAGUGUAAUGGAACUUCUCCAUCUAGGAAUGAUGAAUCCAUAGAUAAUAGGACCUCAAAAGUAUCUGAGCAGUGUACUUAUGCUGACCAUUCCAGAAGUAUUGAUGUGAAAGGCAUUGCUGAACCUGAUAAUUUAGACUCUGUGAGGAAUGUCAAGUCAGAUACCAAGCCAGAGAGUGCUUGGAAGAAAAGGGGUAGAUAACCUAAUUCCUUGAUGAAUCCAGAGGAAGGCUAUGACCACUCUAGGAUUUGUACUGGAAGAAAAAAUUCUGAAUUACCUGGUCGCAAAAGAUCUCAUGAUGAGGAAUUUCAUUAUUCACCAUCUGUAGAUCCAGAUUCCAAGAAGAUAGCUUUUCUGCCAACAGAAAAGAAUGUGGGUGAACCUGCUUCUUCCCCAACCACAAAAAGCCACAUUAAUGAGGAAAGUCAUCCUCGAAGGGGUUGGCCAAAAAAAAAAAAAACGGAGCAUGGAGGAUCAAAAUGGUGAUCUCAAUUCCCUCUCAGUGAGAUUGAUCAGAUCUGCAAAUUCUAUGUUGAAAAAGGAGCCUGAAAACAGACAUGACAAAGACAUAAAACGAC